GUGCGUAUAUACAAGUCAUCACCCGACAGCACCUCAUUAGCAUCAACAUUAAAAACAGCAUUACUUGAAGGUCAUCAAUAGAAAACACAGGAACCUUUUGACAUUUGUGCCCUUAUCUAAGGUACCUAAGGAAUGCAGCAGUUUACAAUCUGGUGUUGUUUGAGACUUUGGUCACUCUGCUUGAUCACUUUUAUUACCUGGAGCACGUAUAUUGAAGCGUGUAAACCACAGCAAGGUUAUGAAAUUUACAUAAUGUUUCCGGAAGAUGCUGCUGUCGGUUCCGUAAUUGGCCAAGUAAAAUUCCGCGACUGGAAUCUUAUAAAACAAGUACACAGUGAAAAAAGUGUCUAUGUUAAAUACGACCCAGGUACAGAAAAUGUAACACUUUUAAAGAAAAUCGACGCAGACAAACAUUCAAACAAAAUUACUUUGCGCUUGUUCUGCGAAGACAGAAGUUCCCAAACAAGAAAUGUCACUAUAACAGUUAAUAUUAUAGCUACAAACGUUAAUGACAAUCCACCAAGAUUUACAGAACGGGUAUAUUACAAAGAGAUCAGUGAAGACACAGAAAUUGGCAGCACGAUAGACUGCGGAGUGGUAGCCACUGAUGGAGAUAACGGAGACAACAUGAGGUUCAGCAUAUUGCCAGACAAAGACCAUGUAAGUUUACUUUCAUAUUACAUUCUGUUAGUAAAUAUAUGUCCAGCACAAAACACUUUCAGUAGUUCUUUGCCACAGGAGCCAUUCGAAACCUCUUCACUAGCCUUGAUUACUGAUCUCUUGGACACAGCACUCGAGGUGUCGCCACCGUUUGCUGCUCAUUAG